AUUCACUACUGCUUAGAGUGUGGAAAGAGUUGUUUAACUCAGAGUAUACUUAAAAUACACAUGCGCGUUCACACAGGAGAGAAACCAUAUUGCUGUUCACAAUGUGGAUCGAGUUUUAGCCAAUUAAGUAACUUAAACAGUCAUCAGCGCAUUCACAGAGGAGAGAAGCCUUAUAGCUGCUCACACUGUGGAAAGAGUUUUACAUGUUCAAGUUCUUUGAAAAGACACCUGCGCAUUCACACUGGAGAGAAGCCCUAUAGCUGCUCACACUGUGGAAAGAGUUUUACUUGUUCAAGUUUUUUGAAAGACCACCAGCGCAUUCACACUGGAGAGAAGCCCUAUAGCUGCUCACACUGCGGAAAGAGUUUUACACAGUCAGAUUCUUUGAAACAGCACCUGCGCAUUCACACUGGAGAGAAGCCUUAUAGCUGCUCACACUGUGGAAAGAGUUUUACAUGUUCAAGUUCUUUGAAAAGACAUCUGCGCAUUCACACUGGAGAGAAGCCCUAUAGCUGCUCACACUGUGGAAAGAGUUUUACUUGUUCAAGUAUUUUGAAAGACCACCAGCGCAUUCACACUGGAGAGAAGCCCUAUAGCUGCUCACACUGCGGAAAGAGUUUUACACAGUCAGAUUCUUUGAAAAAGCACCUGCGCAUUCACACUGGAGAGAAGCCCUAUAGUUGCUCACACUGUGGAAAGAGUUUUACAUGUUCAAGUUCUUUGACAAAGCACCAGCGCAUUCACACUGGAGUGAAACCGUUUUACUGCUCACACUGUGAAAAGAGUUUUACACAGUCAGAUUCUUUGAAAAAGCACCUGCGCAUUCACACUGGAGAGAAGCCUUAUAGCUGCUCACAGUGUGGAAAGAGUUUUACAUGUUCAAGAACUUUGAAAGAGCACCAGCACAUUCACACUGGAGAGAAGCCCUAUAGCUGCUCACACUGCGGAAAGAGUUUUACACAGUCAAAGUCUUUGAAAAUGCACCUGCGCAUUCACACUGGAGAGAAGCCCUAUAGCUGCUCACACUGCGGAAAGAGUUUUACAUGUUCAAGUUCUUUGAAAAAGCACCAGCGCAUUCACACUGGAGUGAAACCGUUUUACUGCUCACACUGCGGAAAGAGUUUUACAAGAUCAGAUCAUUUGGAAAAACACCUGCCCAUUCACACUGGAGAGAAGAUUUAG